AUGGAUUCGACAUUCGUUCCUGCUCCUGCUCCACACGUCGCCGACUAUAUCGUUAUAGCCAUUUUCCUCUGUGUCUGUAUAGGGAUUGGUGUUUACUAUGGUUAUCAGACCAACAAGAACCCGACACUGGAGAAUUAUUUCUUUGGAAACCGACGUCUGCUGGUCGUACCAGUGGCUAUGUCCAUUUUUGUAACGUUUGUCUCUGCGAUAUCGGUAAUGGGUAUACCAGCCGAGAUAUACUUGUUCGGAAUCCGAAUGAUUCAUGGAGUUGUGGCGUACUUUUUGUCUAUAUGUAUAGCUAAUGUUACCGUUGUUCCUCUACUGUACCCACUAAAACUGACCAGCACAUACGAGUAUCUUCAACUACGGUUCAAUUCAAAAGGUGUUCGCCUCAUGGGGACGGCAAUUGGAAUGCUGCAGACGGUGACUUAUAUGGGGAUCACUCUAUAUGCUCCAGCAUUAGCUCUUGAAAUUGUGGCUGGAAUACCAUUGUGGGUUUCUAUAGUUGUCAUUGGAUUUGUCUGUACUAUAUACACAACAAUCGGAGGAAUCAAGAGCGUUGUAUGGACGGACGUCUUUCAGUGUGUUACGAUGUUCAUUGGAAUGAUAACUGUUAUCAUAAAGGGCACCAUCCUGAUAGGACCGAAUCACUCUAUUUUCGGAAUCGCAAGUGUUGGGAAGAGACUUGAGUUUUUUAACUUUGAUCUAGACCCCAGGAUUCGUUAUAGUAAUUGGGGAUUAUGGAUAGGUCUUGUGUUUAUGAACAUUCCAAACUGGUGCAACCAAGCAAGUGUCCAGAGGAUUUCUUCUCUCCGGAGUCUUAAAUCAGCUUAUUUAGCGUUUUGGUUGCUGGUUCCACUUCUUCUGAUUUUGUAUGUCUUCCUUGGAUUAUUGGGUAUCAUUAGUUAUUCUUACUACAACACUUUGGAAUGUGACCCACUCUUAGGAGGAUUCAUCUCAAACAUCAAUCAGUUGAUACCUUAUUUCGUGCUCGAUGUGUUGCGAUCUCUUCCAGGAUUUUCCGGUGUCUUUAUCAGCUGUUUGUUCAGCGGGGCACUUAGUACAUUUUCGUCGGGUAUCAACUCUUUAGCUGCCAACACUGUAGAGGAUAUUCUGGGUGACUGCGUCAAAACAUCCAAGAUGAUUUCACAAACACUUGUAGCAAAGUUAUUUGUGAUCUUUUAUGGAUUGGUGGUCAUUGGGCUAGCAUACGCAAUCAACUCCAUGCCAGGUUCAGUGAUUCAGAUGGCGGGGAUCGUUUUUGGCGCAUGUGGAGGACCGAUGUCGGGGCUUUUCUAUCUUGGCGGAAUGGUACCGAAAGCAAACUGGAUAGGUGCGAUUGUCGGCAGUGUAACAGCUCUUGUCUUCAAUAUUUGGCUAACAGUAGGUGCACAAUUAUACGGGAAUCGUCCUGAAAUAUUACAAUUCAACCCCACGAACCGGUGUUUUCCCGAUAACAUCACGACCACGAUGGUAGAAUCAACGACCUACAACUACAACAUAACGACAGGCGGAUACUCCAGUGAAUCAAUAAACAAUCAUAACACAUAUGAUGAAGGUUUUUUCCUGUACAAUAUUUCCUACGUCUGGUAUGGUCUUACUGGUUUCUGCCUAACUUUGAUCGUCGGCACUGUCGUCAGCUUGUGUACAAGUAGUGAGCGCGAAGAAACUGUGGAUGCCCGUCUCAUCUUCCCUGUUUGUAGAAAAGUGUUUCGUCUGGAAGCUACUUCUACUUAUCAAUUAACAGAGACAGAGAACAAGCCAACUCUGGAACAAACGCCUGUCAACGAAGAAUCAACUGACAAAGAAUGGAGAACGUCUAAGUUGUAA